AUGGACCGCCUGGAACCGCCAUGGGCAGUCGAUCCUUCCGGCGCCAUCAUCGCCAUGCUUCACUUUCGAAGCCGUCAAGCCAGCCCUGCAAUACCUGGUAUAGCGUGUCAAGUCGAGUGGGGCACUCUUGGUGUACACACCGUGGAUAGCAACGACACAAGAGUCGCUUAA